AUGGGAUUGCCAGUUUCCUUAAUUAGCUUUUUCUUUACAUGGUUUUUAAGCGUCAUCCAUGACAAGUUUAGAAAAGGAAGGAUUAAUUUUGAAAGUACCUUGGAAUUGCUUGCCAAAUUUGACAUCCCUUUUGAUUAUGUUCACGUAAAGUACAUUUUUAAGGCAAGUGAUACAUUGAAGACUGGACAUAUUGGUUUAGAAGAUUUUAGAGGAAUUUAUCGGGCUAUAGCACACAGAUGUGAAAUCCAUGAACUCUUCAAAACACACUCUCCAAACAACAAGAUUCUACAGCUACAAGAUCUGGUUGCAUUUCUUAGAAAUCAACAAUUUCAGGAGAAUGCUAAUGAAACAACUGCUUCUGAUCUCAUUGCUAAGUUUGAACCCAUUGAAGAAGCAAAAAGAAAUAGAGAGAUGACAUUUGAAGGAUUUCUAAGAUACAUGAGCUCUGACGAUUGCACAUUAUUUAAAAAUGAGCAUAGAACAGUUUAUCAGGAUAUGACCCGUCCAUUAUGUGACUACUUUAUUUCAUCUUCGCAUAACACCUACCUCAUAUCUGAUCAGCUAAUAGGGCCAAGUCACUUGUGGGGCUAUGCAAGUGCUCUAAUGAAAGGAUGCCGUUGCUUGGAAAUUGACUGCUGGGAUGGUUCAAAUGGUGAGCCUGUCGUUUAUCAUGGGCAUACGUUAACCAGCAAAAUCAGCUUCAAGACAGUCAUCCAAGUGAUCCACAAGUAUGCCUUUUUGGCCUCCGAUUAUCCUGUUGUACUGUCUUUGGAGAAUCACUGCAGCCCAAAACAGCAGGAAGUAAUGGCAGAUUAUAUGAAAAGUAUUCUAGGAGACAGGCUGGUUACUUCUACAAUUGAUGGCACGAUGCCGACAGAAUUACCUUCCCCUGAGGCACUAAAAUUCAAAAUAAUGAUUAAAAAUAAGAAACUUGGAACACUUGAGGAAACACUGGGAAGAGUGGGCACAGACAUCCAUGGUCAGACCGGGGAAGUUGAAGAAGUGCAAACCACGGAUGAUGAGCUCGAUGACGAACCUUCGGCCAAGGAGCCCCUGCUUAAAAAGAGACGAGUGAGCUGGAAAGGUGCAGGUCCUCCUCGAAAAAAACAAAAAAUAAAGAAAGUAAAGAUUGCCCUGGCACUGUCAGAACUUGUGAUCUAUUGUAAAUCUCGGAAGUUUAUCAGCUUUGAAGACUCAAGAGAGAAUCAGAAGUUUUACGAAAAUCACUCGAUGAGUGAGCUCAAGGCCCGAAAGAUGGCCAAAACGCUAGCUGCUGAAUUUGUCCAGCACAAUGUUAGAUUUCUUUCGAGAAUUUACCCCAAAGGGACCCGAACAAACUCUUCCAAUUACAAUCCUCAAGAAUUCUGGAACGUCGGGUGCCAGCUGGUGGCCUUAAAUUUCCAGACACCUGGAGUACAAAUGGACCUUCAAAAUGGAAAAUUUUUGGACAAUGGUGGUUCUGGUUACGUAUUAAAACCAGAAUUCCUAAGAUGUAGAAACACACAGUUUACCCCAUAUAGUAUAAGUGGGAACCAACAUGCAGUUGUGCUUACAAUAAAGCUUAUAAGCGGCCAUCAGCUACCGCCUAGUAACCUCUCCCGGACCAAUAAAGCUGACCCCCUGGUUAUAAUUGAAAUUCAUGGUGUUACAGAAGACCAGGCAAAACAACAGACUUGUGUAGUAAAGGGCAACGCUUUGUGUCCUAGGUGGAAUGAAACGCUCACUUUCCAAGUUCAAGUUCCAGAACUUGCCUUAGUCCGCUUCGUUGUAGAAGAUCAGCUUUCGCUCGCUUCCAAUGACUUCCUUGGCCAAUAUACUUUACCACUUCUAAGCAUGAACAAAGGUUACCGCCAUAUUCCUCUGCUUUCCAAGCUGGGAGUGAGCCUGAGCCCUGCUUCGCUUUUUGUGCAUGUUACAUACUUUCAGCAAUAA